ACUGGCAUCACUGUUUUUGUAAAUGUCAUCCGCCAUUUUUUUUCCCCCAACCAAAACCAACUUCACAAAUCAUUUCCAACACAUUUUUCUCUUUCGUAAAAUAGCCGUCAAACAGUGCGGACUCUGUUAAAAUGGCAUCAAAGGUAUCUCGUGAUACCCUGUACGAGGCUGUAAAUGCCACAAUUGAAGCUUCAUUAAAAAAGAAGCGUAAGUUCUUGGAAACUGUGGAACUCCAAAUUGGUUUGAAGAACUACGAUCCCCAAAAGGACAAGCGUUUCUCUGGAACCGUCAAAUUGAAGCACAUUCCCCGUCCAAAAAUGAAGGUUUGUGUGUUGGGAGAUCAACAGCAUUGCGAUGAAGCCAAAGCCAACAAUGUUGAAUGCAUGGACGCUGAAGCUUUGAAGAAGUUGAACAAGAAUAAGAAGCUUGUCAAGAAGCUAGCCAAAUCUUAUGAUGCUUUCUUGGCUUCCGAGUCGUUGAUCAAACAGAUUCCACGUUUGUUGGGACCCGGUUUGAAUAAGGCUGGCAAGUUCCCUGGUCUUUUGUCGCAUCAGGAAUCGAUGAUGGGCAAGAUUGAUGAAGUUAAGGCCACCAUCAAGUUCCAGAUGAAGAAAGUCUUGUGUUUGUCUGUUGCUGUCGGUCAUGUCAACAUGAAACCCGAUGAGUUGGUACAGAAUAUUCAUUUGUCUAUCAAUUUCUUGGUUUCUUUGUUGAAGAAACAUUGGCAGAACGUGAGGUCUCUGCACAUUAAGUCAUCCAUGGGACCACCACAGCGAUUGUACUAAGAUUUGAUUUGUAUAUAAAGAUGAAAUACAAAACUGUUUUUUAUUGACUAACAACAAA